AUGGGCUUCUUCAAGCGUAACAAGGGACCCGAGAUUCCUCCUGUCAAGCCCACGCAGGGUCAGCACCAGAUGGCCAACGACCCAUACGCUGCGCGUGGCGGCGGCGGUGGCUUUGGUGGCGGCAGGCCCGACCCCUAUGCCCAGAACGGACACCGCGACCCGUACGGAGGUGUCCAGCGGGCGCACGCCACGGGCACCGAUCCCAACAACAUGUACAGCGUUCAGCGGACCCAGGGUCAGCCGGACCCAGAGAACGACGCCAACCGCAACGCACUGUUCAGCGGCUUCAAUGCCGAUGCGGCCAAGGUUCCUCGCCAGCGCCAGUACGGGUACGAGGGCCGCGAGCAGGAGGAGGACUUUGAUGAGGACGACGAGGUUGAGGGUAUCAGACAGGGUAUCCGCGAGACCAAGAUGGACUCGCUUGCGUCGACGCGGAAUGCACUGCGCCUCGCUCGCGAGGCCGAAGAGAACGCGCACGGCACAGUCGCACGCCUCGCCGACCAGUCCGAGUCGCUCGCCAACACCGAGCGCCACCUCGACAUGUCCAAGGCCAACUCGCAGCGUGCCGAGGACAAGGCUGCCGAGCUCAAGCAGCUGAACAAGAGCAUCUUCCGGCCCACCAUUGUGUGGAACAAGGAAGGCAAGCGGAUUGCGCAGGAGCAGAAGAUCCUGGACCGACACGCGAUGGAACGCGAGGACCGCCUAAACACCAUGAAGGACAUGCAGGACACGCGGUCGCGCCUCCACGCUGCGGCGCGGCAGGGUGGGGGCGGCCGCGGGCUUGAGCCAGGGCAGCAGGCUCGCCGCGCCGUCGAGCGCAAGCGGUACCAGUUUGAGGCGACGGCGUCAGACGACGAGCUCGAGGACGAACUGGCCGAGAACCUCGAUGAGAUGCACGGCAUUGGGACACGCCUUAAGGGUCUCGCGACGGCCAUGGGCACUGAGGUCGACCGGCAGAACCAGCGCAUCGGGCGUAUCACGGACAAGACGGACAACCUUGAGAUCAAGGUACAGCUCAACACGGACCGCCUCAAGGCGAUCAAGUAG